AAAGAAGAAUCAGAAAGUGAACCAAAGAGAGAGAGAGAGAGAGAGAGAGAGAGCGAUGAACAGUAUCUUCUCCAUUGACGAUUUCUCCGAUCCUUUCUGGGAAACACCUCCGAUUCCUCUUAAUCCCGACUCAGCCAAGAACCCUACGUCGGCUGAAGUCAGCCAGAGUCAACCGGAAUGGACUUUCGAGAUGUUUCUCGAAGAGAUUUCGAUUUCUUCUUCCGCGGUGAGCUCUGAGCCACUUGGAAACAACAACGCCAUCGUCGGUGUUUCUUCGGCUCAGUCUCUUCCUUCUGUUUCUGGACAGAAUGAUUUCGAGGACGAUAGUCGAUUUCGCGAUCGCGAUUCGGGGAAUUGGGAUUGUGCUGCUCCUCCUCCUCCUACGACGGUGGUUGUUGAUUCUGAUGAUUACCGUCGUGUUCUCAAGAACAAGCUUGAGACUGAGUGCGCUACUGUUGUUGCUCUUAGGGUUGGGUCUGUCAAGCCUGAAGAUUCGACUAGUUCUCCAGAAACUCAACUUCAACCAGCUCAAUCCAAUCCUCUAACUCAAGGUUCUUUGGUGGCCCCAGGAAAAAUUGGUGUUACUUCUUCCUUACCAGCUGAGCUGAAAAAAUCUGGUGUACCAAUGAAGCAAGUCACUAGUGGAUCUUCAAGAGAUUAUUCUGAUGAUGAUGACCUUGAUGAAGAGAAUGAAACCACUGGUUCCUUGAAUCCAGAGGAUGUAAAGAAAUCUAGAAGGAUGCUCUCAAAUCGAGAGUCAGCUAGGCGAUCUAGAAGGAGAAAGCAGGAGCAAACAAGUGAUCUCGAAACACAGGUUAAUGACCUAAAGGGUGAACAUUCAUCUCUUCUAAAGCAACUGAGCAACAUGAAUCACAAGUAUGAUGAAGCUGCUGUUGGGAAUAGAAUACUAAAAGCUGACAUUGAGACAUUAAGAGCUAAGGUGAAAAUGGCUGAAGAAACCGUAAAGAGAGUAACAGGAAUGAAUCCGAUGCUUCUCGGGAGAUCUAGUGGACAUAACAACAACAGAAUGCCAGUAACUGGUAACAACAGGAUGGAUUCUUCUAGCAAUAAUCCAGCUUUUCAACCACACUCAAACCUUAAUCAUAUGUCAAAUCCAAACGUCGGGAUCCCAAACAUUCUACCUCCAAGACUGGGAAACAAUUUUGUUCCCCCUCCGUCCUUGAACUCCCAAGCCAACUUGCCGUUGCAGAGAAUAAGAAAUGGGCAAAAUCACCAUGUUGCUCCAAACGGCAACACUUACGGCUGGACUACUGAACCUCAGAACGAUUCAGCAUGGCCGAAAAAAUGCGUGGACUGAUGAAACGAGAAGCGGAUUUCACACUAUUAAUGCCUCUGCAUUUGUAAUUUGUAAGUGUUAUAAGCUAUGAUCCAUGAGAAAACAUUUUGUGAAAAAUACAGUCUCAUGGCUUAUAUACAACAGUCAUGUACUCAUCAUGUCUUAUAACAUUACUAAGAUUCUUAAUAAGAAAGAAUCGUGUUUCUAUUUA